UUUGCUUCUUCGCCUUCACUCAAGCUAAGGAUCCAACGAAGGCAAUCCUCGAUUCUAGUCUCCCGUCGCGUGAACUUUUAUACUAUCUCUAGAUUGAUUGUCAAACAAUGUCUGAUCUCAAAGAUCGUCUGCUUCCACCACGACCUGAUGCGUCCAUAAGCCUCAGAGGAGAUUCAUUUUCUCGCCCUUCUUCCUCAGGGAGACAGCCUCUCCUCGGACUUGAUGUCUCAGGUCUCAAGAAGCGUGGACAAGGUCUCAAGUCAUGGAUCCGCGUUGACGCUUUUGCUGAUACUCAAGUCAUCGAGGUUGAUAAGUUCUCAAUGAUGCGUAGAUGCGACUUGCCUGCACGUGACUUGCGCCUGCUUGAUCCUUUGUUCGUGUAUCCCUCCACUAUCCUGGGACGAGAGAGGGCUAUUGUUGUUAACUUGGAGCAGAUCCGUUGUAUUAUUACUGCGGAUGAGGUUUUGCUAUUGAAUUCUUUAGAUGACUAUGUCCUUGGCUAUGUGGUUGAGCUCCAGCAGAGACUAAAGGCAAGUUCUGUAGGCGACACGUCCCCUGAUUACUUGCCUUUCGAGUUCAGGGCCCUUGAGGUCGCCCUCGAAGCUGCUUGUACCUUCCUUGAUGCUCAGGCCUCAGAGUUGGAGAUUGAGGCGUAUCCAUUAUUGGAUGAGCUCACCUCAAAGAUCAGUACUGUGAACUUGGAGCGUGUGAGGAGACUGAAGAGCAGGCUUGUGGCGUUGACGAGAAGAGUUCAGAAGGUGAGGGAUGAGAUUGAGCAGCUGAUGGACGAUGAUGGGGACAUGGCGGAGAUGUAUUUAACAGAGAAGAAGAAGAGGAUGGAAGGUUCUUUGUCUUUACCAAAUGAUGGUGUCUCUUUCUCUGCGCCGGUGUCUCCUGUUUCCUCUCCUCCUAGCUCCCGGAGACUUGAGAAAAGCUUGAGCUUUGCAAGGAGCAGGCACGACAGUGCGAAAAGCUCAGAAAGCGAAAAUGAGAAUAUAGAGGAGCUAGAGAUGCUGCUGGAAGCGUACUUUGUUGUCAUUGAUAGCACUCUCAACAAGCUAACCUCGUUAAAGGAGUACAUUGAUGAUACUGAAGACUUCAUCAACAUUCAAUUGGAUAACGUGAGGAAUCAGCUGAUACAGUUUGAGCUGCUGCUUACUACUGCGACGUUUGUGGUGGCCAUCUUUGGGGUUGUGGCAGGGAUCUUUGGGAUGAAUUUUGAGAUAGAUUUGUUUGAAGAGCCAGGUGUUUUCAAAUGGGUUUUGACCAUUACUGGAGUCUGUGGCGUUCUUGUAUUUUUGGCGUUCCUCUGGUUCUACAAACGUAGAAGGCUCAUGCCUCUGUGAGGACAUAAGUGGUGGCCAGACAAGUAGGAGAUUGCUAUUAGUACUGUCUAUGUUUGCUUUUAUUAAUCAUCUGUGACCUUCACAAGAUGGAAACAGUGUGUUCUAGAUGAAAUAUUAUGAGAAUGAAGCUUUUAAC